AUGAUGGGAACAAGAAAUUUUGCGGUGUUGACGACACUCAACAUCUUCAGAAGGACCGAGAAACUCUCCUUCCGUUCAAAGAAGCUGCAGAAGGACAUCCGGUUUCUAAGACUUUGUAAAAACUAUCAUGUUACCCCAAACUUUGUUAACUUCCGAGUUCACAACCCAAUAUUUUACCUGUACUUUGAAAAGCUUUGUGCUUCCUUAAAGAAUUGUGACAUCUACAACAACAACUUCAACAAUGUUACUAACAACAUCACAACUAUAGCCAACAACUCCUUUAGAAAAUUAUCUCAACAGAGGAGACUAGGUUUUGACUCCGAUGUUCUCCUGUCACCACUCCAAACCCUUAAGAAUGACAAUACCAUUGUAAUUACUAAACCAGACAAGGGACGAGGAGUUGUUAUUUUAAACAAAUGUGAUUAUGAACAAAAGUUAAUGGAUAUUCUCAGUGACAAAACAAAAUUCAAACAAAUCACGACAAAAAUUUCCACCCAUUUGUUAUAUUUAGAAGACAAACUAAAUAGACUUCUUCGUACUAUCAAAGCAUCCAUUAACAUAAACACCUACAACUCUCUUAUGACUUCUGGAUCCAGACCUGGUGUUCUUUAUGGACUACCCAAAGUUCAUAAACCUAAUAUCCCUUUAAGGCCUAUAAUUUCCUCGAUUGGUACUUUCAAUUACAACACCGCAAAAUUUCUUGUUCCCAUCAUCUCCCCUUUAACAUCCAAUCAAUAUACUAUUGAUAAUUCCACAUCCUUUGUUAAAGAAAUCACGUCUCUGAACUUCCAACAACCCGUCACUAUGGCGAGUUUUGAUGUCGAGUCGUUAUUCACAAACGUGCCUCUACAAGAGACCACGGAGUUGAUAGCUAACAACCUGGACAAUACUUAUCUUGACAAACAUGGUUUGGAUACGAUUACCUUCAAAAAGUUAUUGGAAAUCACUGCCCAUCAUUCAGUUUUUACGUUUAACGACUGCCUAUAUGCACAAACAGAUGGCGUAGCUAUGGGCUCUCCACUUGGCCCCUCCUAUGCUAAUGCAUUUCUAUAUUCCCUAGGUUUUAGACAGAAGACAGAGGAACUAUCACUACAGAUGUCAGUGCAGAUCUUUGUGUAUUGUGAUCUCUCCUGUCAAUAUAUCACCAACGGAUUUACGUAUGUUUAUCUAUCCACAUCUUAUAGACAUUCUGUGGACACCACUACCCACAGUUACCACCUGCUCAAUUCCUGUCUCACGAGAGGUGUCCCAGUUGCCAUAACCACUGAAAAAGACGGCACUAGUCUGACUCAGAGAGCGACUGUCACCGUCACCUCAUCAAAAUAUCCUUCUGGGCCAGUUUGCCAGCCGUGA